AGAUAGUCGCCUGUGGUUUGCUACCGAUGGUAUGCGCCGGAAUGGAUCCGAGGAGCGGCGAUUGGGGUCUCGAUUUCAUCCCCUUGGUUUGCGCGUCCGGCCGGGCUAGCCUAGGUCAUGCCGCCGCGAUGCUGGCGUUAGGGAGGGAUUUAGGGAUGGCGCGUUUGGUUUCAUAUCUUGGGGUUCCCUUCUUGUUACACCCAUUCCUUUGCUCCGUCAAGUUUGUUUACGCUCUUGAGGAUCUCUCCUCUCUUUUUCUAUCUAGUAUUAUAUAGUUCAGAGCUUAACUACGAACAUACAUGGUCUCGAGCGGGUUGCAAAAUACUAAUUACCUGAAGAAAAAUGAAAACGAUGCUAUUGUACCAAAUGUGCUGCAUUACACUUUAUAUGUAUCUGCCGGACUAUAUGGCUUUUUAAUUUGAAUCCAAAAUUAUUCCCAGUCACCAGUCGUGCUACAUGAUGAAUUGCUUUUAUUUUCCUGAUGCUGCAAUAGAUAUGGAAUCCCGCCCGCUGUAUUCCAAGAUCUUUAAGCUGAUUUGUAUCAAAGGAGUCUAACGUUGCCAACACCGAAGAGUUGGUUGUCGUGUCUUCAAGCUGAUGAACAAUGCCGCCCCAUAAGAUUGAGACUGGGCAUCAAGAUGUGGUGCAUGAUAUCGCCAUGGAUUACUAUGGGAAGCGUCUUGCUACAGCCUCCUCUGACAACACGAUAAAGAUCAUUGGCGUAAGUGGCACGUCGCAUCAGCAGCUAGCAACUUUGAGUGGACACCAGGGCCCAGUUUGGCAAGUUGCAUGGGCACAUCCUAAGUUUGGUUCCAUGCUUGCAUCCUGCAGCUAUGAUGGCCGGGUUAUCAUCUGGAAAGAAGGGAGCAAGCCCGACGAAUGGGCACAGCUACACACCUUUGUUGAGCACAAGUCGUCAGUGAAUUCCAUUGCAUGGGCGCCUCAUGAGCUGGGUCUCAGCUUGGCAUGUGGUUCAUCUGAUGGGAACAUUUCAGUCUUCACUGCUCGUUCUGAUGGAGGUUGGGACACGACACGCAUUGAUCAGGGGCAUCCAGUAGGAGUGACCUCAGUCUCUUGGGCUCCGGCGAUGGCACCCGGUGCUCUAAUCAGUGCAGGACCUUCUGGCCAAUAUGAAUAUGUUCAGAAACUCACGUCUGGUGGCUGCGACAACACGGUCAAGGUGUGGAAGCUCACCAACGGAAGCUGGAGGAUGGAUUGUUUCCCUGCACUGCAAAUGCACAAGGACUGGGUGAGAGAUUUUGCGUGGGCGCCAAAUCUUGGCCUCCCAAAGUCCACCAUCGCCAGCGCCUCUCAGGAUGGAACGGUGGUUAUCUGGACAUCAGCGAAAGAAGGUGAGCAGUGGGAAGGUCGGGUCCUGUAUGAUUUCAGAACCCCUGUGUGGAGGCUGUCGUGGUCGCUGACAGGGAAUAUACUGGCUGUGUCUGAUGGCAACAACAAUGUGACCCUGUGGAAGGAAGCUGUGGAUGGUGAAUGGCAGCAAGUUACUACUGUUGAGCCAUAGAUUUCUGGAGCUCUUCUCUCAUAUAUUAUUGCAAUAAUGUAGUUUUCCUGUAAUCUGAGUCUAUGGCACAGUAGCAGUUAGCAAGGCACAGACGUGGUGUGGGAGAUGGUUUUGGCUCGGACCAAAGUGAUAAAUUGAGUUCUUAU